AUCAACAGCAACCCUAGGAACAAUCAUUCUUUCCUGCUGCUGUUUUUCUAACAGAACUAGAGCACACACAUUUUUGAUCAUCAUUUUACUUGUUAUCUUUGAAGCAAAAUUUUACAGUCUAAAUUUCAAGACAUCUAAUGUGACUACAGCUUUGGAUGACGUCAAUCAAACUCAGGACUGUACACAUCACAAAGUUGAGGCUUUGACUCCAAGGCUUGACUGUAGCCCCGAAAGCUGUGACCUUGCGACAGAAGCCAGCUGCAGAUGGGCCACAAGCGCUCGAGGAACCUCAGAUCCUAAGGAAGAAACUCGGGCCUUCCUGUGUGGUGACCGUUACCAACUGGACGGUUCUCCGGUGGGGGCGGGGCAAGGGAGCUAAAAAAAAGCGUCCUCAGUCACCAUGGAAACGGGGUCCAGAAGCAGUCCUAGCGGGAAGGAAUCCCAUGAAAUCUGCUCCCCUGGAUUACUGGUGUUCACCGGCUGUUCCGAGCAGGAUGCCAACUUGGCUAAGCAGUUUUGGCUCGGGGCGUCCAUGUAUCCCCCUACCGAAUCUCAGCUGGUGCUGACCAGAGACAGCCGUCAGAGGCUACCGGUGGCGAGGCAUUCUAAAGCCCACGUGACGGAGAAGAGUCCUGCCCGGGCCUCCCCCUUUCAUCAUAACAAGGAGAUGAAUUUCUUUGCUAAAGCCCAAAAGAUUCAAGAAUCUGAAGAGAAAGCAAAGUAUCUCCAAAAGGCUAAAAAGAGAGAUGAGAUUCUCCAACUCUUAAGAAAACAAAGAGAAGAGAGAAUUGCGAAAGAACUGAUUUCAUUACCUUAUAAACCUAAGGCCAAAGUACCUGAAGUAAAGGAAGUCUCAUCAGAGUCAAACAAACAGGACCAAGAAGAAGUCAAAGCCUUGGAAUGAUUUGAUUGACAUAUGGUAGCAGGUGACUGACAUGUAUUCACCUUUGAAGUAAAUUAUGCUUACAUCGGGAUCACUAGGUAAAAGAUGUGCAUAUUCCCAGAAAUUUGACAAUUACUGAACAUUCAUGCUAAAACAGACUAAAAUAAAAGUUAAGAAUACAGACAGGUG